AUGGGCAAGGGGCGAGCACCGUGUUGCGAUAAGAGCAAGGUGAGGACGGGGCCAUGGAGCCCCGCCGAAGAUUUCAGACUUGUCACCUUCAUUAAAACUCACGGCCACCCCAACUGGCGUGCUCUCCCUAAACAAGCAGGGCUACUUCGAUGCGGAAAGAGUUGUCGUUUACGGUGGGUUAAUUAUCUAAGUCCCGACAUCAAACGAGGAAACUUCACACCCGAGGAAGAGCAGACUAUAAUCCAACUGCAUACCUCUUUUGGAAACAAGUGGUCCAAGAUUGCAGCGUGUUUGCCUGGAAGAACAGACAACGAGAUAAAAAACGUUUGGAACACACAUUUGAAGAAAAGGCUACAAAUGUCCAAAUUAGGCCCUUGUAAUUAUAAAAUGGAUGCUCAUUAUCCUUCAUCAAGCACGUCAAGCAGUUCCAUAGCAAAUGAUGAUGAAAAUCUUGAAAAUUUACUUAACUAUCAACGGAUUGACGAAGAAGAAAUUAACCGCUUGCUCGAAAUCCAACCUAACGAAAAACCCGAGCUAGAAAUAAACGAGCCCCGGCGCGAGGUCGACGACUUCGAUAGUGGCAAAAUCGUGAAUUCUUCGGGUUUCGACGUCGCUUUCUGGGAAUCUUUCGACACCAUCACGAGUGAUCAAGAAAACGUUGUUGAAAGCGAACUGGAAAAGUGGUUGAGAAUGUUGGAAGAUGAAGUUGGACUAGCAAGUGGUGGUGGUGAUCACAAUCUGCCAAAGGACGAAGACCCAAAUGACAAUUUUGCCCCUGAGAACUUCUUCUCCUGA